UUAGAAAAAGUUAUAGAAUCGAUACCCUGUAUGUAAGACCGUGAUUUCGACGCUACUGUCGUAACUAGUUAUACCUAAACUGUGGCUUGUGUCGCCUGCUGACCCUUAACACCAUCUACAUUUUUGCAUCAACCGUGAUAUAGAAAUGGCGGCAUGCGAGCUGUAAAGUUUGCGUUGCAUCGUUGGGAUUUGGUGUGCGUAAGAAAAAAUGGAAAUCUUCGUACUAUAUUUAGCCCCGACUGAAGUUACAUCGAUCGCAUUAACAAUGUGAAAUUAAAUUUUGGUUAAAGAUUGAAAAAAUAUUCUUUCGCUGUCGUAUCGUAUCCAGGAAGAAAAUGUCAGCUGAAUACAGUCGGAGCAUUUUAAAAAUUGUUGUUGCUCAGAUCUGUCAGAUGAUAGGGUGGCAUUCUAUUAAUUCUACGCCACUAGAAUUUAUGGUAGAUCUUAUGCAAGAAUAUAUGUUACGUGUUUCAAAGCUGACACAUCAAUAUGCAGAAGUUUUAGGAAGGACAGAGCCAAAUCUUGAUGACUUAGGAUUAACAUUUCAACAUAUGAAUAUCGAUAUACAGGAAUUAGUUGAAUAUGUUAAGAAUGUAGAUUCUGUAUCGUGUCCUAUACAGAUACCACAAUUUCCAGUUCGGCGUGAAAGUCAUUUGAAUUUAAAACCAGGCAGUCGUGAAGUUGUCACUAGAUCAGUGCAUAUACAUGAACAUUUACCAGCUAUGUAUCCAGAUACUGAGGAGGAAUAUAUACCGGAGAAGAAUGAAAGUCUAAUAAAUGGUACAGCAACGGAGCUGACAUCUAGCAGUGCCACAUCAUCAAAUAAUUCGAAUAACACGUCGCCACACAGAAUGUCUCCACAAGUAAUUUUCAAACGGCCCGGUGAUCCGGUGUCUUUCGACAGCUCCAUAGCGAAGCGGGCGAAAAUUUUGGAGGAGGGCAGACCUUUGCGCGAGAUAAGCAGCGUUAUGAUGACUACUUCCGGUUAUUUAUCACCUGCGCGAGAAGGGAAGCUACCUGAAGCGAGAACGCCUCAUCAGGUGCGAUCGGAGUCGCCGCAACCGAGCUCUUAUCCAAUGGUACCACCUGAAUUGAAGUGCGAGAAGAAGCCGAAAAAGAUCGUGAAGAAAGGCCCGGAGAACCGUAAACUCGAUAAGGAGAACAAGAAGAAAAAAGGCGUGAAGGAAUUGUUCAAUCCGGAUAAAACGGAUGAGAGUAAGAUAAAGAAGCUGGUCGGUAUGAAGGAGCUAGCUAAGUUGAAACCGUUGAAGCCGGGCGGUGGCAAAGCGCAAUCCACUAUGCUGCAAGAGAUCAGCAGACCAUCUACGCCGAAGAUCGCGUCGCCAAAAUCAGCCAUCGCUGGCAGUUCGAAGCCGGUGAAAACCACUCAGCCGAAGGCCAAGAGUGAUAAAGUGAUAGAUUUAAUAGACAAUUCUCCCGCUGCCGAGAAGAAAGAGGAUACCAUUGACAAAUUGCCGUCGGAGCCGGAUAAACAGAAGCUGAACAUAUUCAAAAAGAUAACAAAGCCGCGCGAGGAGAAGGACAAAGAUAAGGAGACGUCGGAGCCGCAUAAGUAUAAGGAUACCCUCGAUUCGCGCGAAAACUCGCCGGAGUUGAUAAUAGACGUCGAGAAUACAGAGAAGCAUACGACGCAUCGUAACGACGCGGACGCGAAGGGAGGACGCGAGGAGAAGAGAACGUCGCACACGCCAGAUGUGCACGUGCAACCGGACGCCGAUAUGGCGGACGUGCAGAGUUCGGAGUCGGACGUUUAUAUAUUCGACGAUGCCGACAUUUCGCCGCCAGGUACGCCCAGCACGCCGAAAACUCCGGAAUUGAGUGUGCCCACUGUACCGGAACAAAAGCGAAAGAAGAAAGAGAAGAGGCAAAAGAAGGAAUCCAAAUUGAAGAGUCCGAAACAGUGCGUCAGCCCAAAGAAGGCGAAGCUUCAGAACGAUGCGGCGGAAUUGGACAUACCGGAUCGGCCGAAGACACCGCAGGCACCUGAGCCAUUGCUACACAGAGAACCGCCUGCUCUUCCUCCACUUCCGUAUCCCUUCUUUCCGUUUCCCUCGGCGCCAGGCUUGAUACCUCCGAUGUUCGCGCGAUUUCCGUUGCCGUUGGGUCGCGGCGGACCGGGUCAUCCUCAUCCGGCGAUGCCCAAUUUGCCGUUACCGCCGCGCUUUCUCAACCCACCCAUAAAACCUCUGGAGGACUUUGCAUUGCCGAAAAUAAAAUCGGCGAACGAGCGUGAAAAGUUACCGAUACUUCCUCCGGUUGAGUUAACGUCCUCGUCGUCGUCGGUCGUGCAAGGCGAAAGUGAAAGGGCGGAUAACAGCAAAGAAAAGGUGGAUAACAAACUUGCGAAAAUGUUUAAGCCAAACAAAGAACCGCUCUUUACGAAGGUGCCCGAGAGGGUGCCGCCCGUGGGCAUUUCACCGCCUAUAGCGCCUGCAUCUGUCGCACCAAUCACGCUUCCCACACCAUCGGUACCCGUCGCGCAAAUACCGCCGUCGAAAAAUCCUAAAACUGAAAAAUCCGAGAAGAACGAUGUGGUUAAUUCGAAAUCUAAAGAACACAAGAAAGAAAAGAAAGACAAAUUGAAGAAGAAGAAAGAUAAGAAAGAGAAACACAAAGAUAAAGGCGAGAAAGUGAAAGAGAAGAAGGAAAAGGCUGAGAAACGCGAAAAGCUAGAAAAGAUUAAGGAAAAGAAAGAGAAAAAAGAAAAGAAAAAGGAAAAGGAUUCAAAUAAGAAAAAUAUGAGGGAGGAUAAAAAUCCAGAAGCUGUACCAAAAAUAACAUUAAAAUUAGGUACAGCUUCUCCUAGACCAGCAACACCAGAUAAUGCCCCUAUGAAGAAAAUAACUAUUAAACCACUUGUGAAAAAACCCGAUGAAGAAGUGAAACGGGAACCAAGUCCGGAAUUGGCGAAAAUAUCGGCACUGGUAACACGACCGCCAAAGCAGAAGUCAGCAAGUAAGAAAACAGAGGAGGGAAUAUUAGAUGCAAGUCCUGCUCUUCCUACAGAGUCUUUCUCUGCCAAUCUUACUAGCGUGUCACUUGCAUCAAUUCCUCGAGCAAAGAAAUCUAAUUUUCCAAGUCUAUCUCAAAGUGAGCCAAUACUUUCUCAGUUUGACAAUCCUCCUAAAGUCCUGAAACCUCUAAUAUCGCCACAACAACCACCAUAUUAUUUUGAUCGAGGUGGUCGUCAAGUGUGGAUAUGCCCCGCAUGCGGCAACCAGGAUGAUGGGUCGCCAAUGAUUGGCUGCGACGAUUGUGACGCAUGGUACCAUUGGGUAUGCGUUGGCAUGCAGGUUCCACCAGCUGACGAUGAAGAUUGGUACUGUCGAUUUUGUAUAGCGAAAAAGCAAGAGCUUCUUCAUGAUAAGAAGAAAAAGAAGCGGAAGAAGAAGGUGAAAGUAACGGCCUAGUAUAAGCCAACCGGGUCCAAUUUCGUGAGACCCGGUGUGACAAUACCAUUCGCUACCAAAGUUACUAAAGCGAAGGACAGCAAAAUUGGCGUUAAGAGCGUAAAACUGAAGGUGUCCAAGAGCAGCGAUGUUAAGAUGCAGAUGAAAAGAAAAGCGAUAAUGACUAAAGGAAAGACUGCGAAGAGCAUGGUAAAAGUAAAAACUAUGAAAAAGAAAUAAAACAAAUUGUUACGUUAUACAGUGCAAUUUUAAAAUAGGAAUGUAUUAUUUUUCUGAACUAUAAAAUGAUUCUAUUCUAUAUUAGCUCUGUCUGUACUGCAUUAAUAAUAUAUAUUUUUGUCUUGAUAUAAAAAGAUAAGAUGUUAAUACACAGAUGUCAUUAACAGAGUAUAACUUUACAGUUUUUGUAGACAUCUUCAGUUUUCUACUUUGUAUACAUAUUUAUGCAUUUUGUCACACAUACUAUGUAGUUUAUUAUACAUAGUGUGGUAAAAAAUUUGUAGUAUAUUUUCCUAGCUCUAUUUAAAUCACAUCAAUUUCUCUCUCUCUCUCUCUCUCUCUCUCUCUCUCUCACGUUAUGCUUCUGUCAGACUUAACAGAGAGGAUGCUUUAAAAAAAAGGCAAAAAUUAUUCUUCUUUUUAAUGCAUAUAUGUUAUAUAAAUCAAUUAUGUGUAAAAAAAUCACAUUAUCGUGUG